AUGUUAUUAAAAGUUAUCUUUAUCAUUAUAUGCUGGAGCGUUACUUUGGUAGCAGAUAGUACAUUUGCUGUUAAUAUUGAGCGUGACUAUAAAGAGGCACUUAUUCCUCGCCAAAUAUUAUUUGGUUCCCUGGAUAAAACUGAUGUCUCUAUUAGUCCAAACGGUCAAUAUAUAAGCUAUUUAGCAAAAAAAAAUAGCAGGCAAAAUGUGUGGAUAGUUGAUAGCAAUAAUAUAGAGAAUAUUAAAGUUGUUACAAAUGAUCCAGAAGGUAUUACGAAUUAUUUUUGGGGAUAUGAUAAUAAGCAUCUCUUAUAUCAAAAAGAUAAUAAUGGUGAUGAAAAUUUUCGUCUUUAUAGCUAUAACUUAGAAACUAAUAUUACAAAAUUAUUAACUCCCCAAAAUGCCAAGGUUAAAAUCUAUGGUCGGAGUGCCAGAAAACCAAAUGAAAUAUUAAUUGGAUUAAAUAAUCGCGAUAAACGAUAUCACGAUGUGUAUAAAUUAAAUCUUGUAGAUUAUAGUAUAACCUUAAUUAUCAGUAAUAAUACAUUCUCUAGCUUUAUUGUUGAUCGUGAUCUAAAUAUACGGUUUGCUACAUUAAUUAAUAACCAAGGGGAACAUGAAUAUUUUCAAUAUAAAAAUAAGCGUUGGCUUUUUUUUAUGAAAGUAGCUAGUGAAGACACACUGGGUACUAGGAUGUAUCGAUUUGAUAAUACUGGCUCUAAAGUUUAUUUAUUGGAUAGCCGUGGACUUAACACUACCGCGCUUAAAAUAUUAGAUUUGAAUAAGAACACAUUAACACUAAUUGCUGAAGAUCCACGCGCUGAUAUUAGUAUUUUUACAAUACAUCCAACUACUAUGAAAGUUCAAGCGGUAGCAAUUAACUAUGAUAAAGCUGCAUAUAAAAUAUUAGACAAUACUAUUAAGAAAGAUAUGGAGUAUUUUAAGAAUAUCAAUUUAAAUAAUAUCAAUAUUACUCACCGCACUCUAAAUGACCAGAUUUGGAUUCUAUCAUCUUACAGUGAUACUAGCACAACUAAAUAUUAUAAAUAUGAUCGGAGCAAAAAACAAAUUAAAUUUUUAUUUAGUAAUAAAGCAGCAUUAGAACAAUAUCAACUUGCUCCUAUGACCCCUGUAGUUAUUAAGUCUCGGGAUAAUUUAGAUUUAGUGAAUUAUAUUACCUUACCUAAGAAUAUAACGUUAUAUAAUAAAAUAUAUCCCUUUAAACCAGUACCAUUAGUACUUUUUGUGCAUGGCGGGCCUCAUAUCAGGGAAGUAUGGGGGAUGCAUUGGGUGCAUCAAUGGUUGGCAGAUCGUGGAUACGCUGUCCUAAGCGUUAAUUUUCGCGGUUCUACAGGUUUUGGCAAACAAUUCUUUAAUGCUGGUAAUAGGCAAUGGGGUUUAAAAAUGCAAGAUGAUUUAAUUGAUGCUGUUAAUUGGGCUGUUACCAAUAAAAUAGCUGAUCCUAAAAAAAUCGCUAUUAUGGGCGGAAGCUAUGGCGGUUACGCAACGCUUGUUCGACUUAGCUUUACUCCUAAGGUUUUUGCUUGUGGUAUAGAUAUUGCAGGACCUUCUAAUCUGGUAACAUUACUAAAAAAUAUUCCUAGAUACUGGAUGCCACUAGCAAAUCAGCUAAAAGUAAGAGUAGGUUCUUGGGACACCGCUGAGCAAAGAGAAAUGUUAAAGCAGGUAUCUCCUUUAACAUGUGCAAGUAAGAUAGUAAAGCCCCUACUUAUAAUGCAAGGAGUUAAUGAUGUUAGAGUAAAACAGGCUGAAGCAGAUCAAAUUGUUCAAGAAAUGACUAAGCAUAACAUCCCUGUUAUAUAUGCUCUAUAUAAAAAUGAAGGACAUGGUUUUUCUAAGGCUACUAAUAGACUAUCUUUUUUUGCUAUGGCCGAACAAUUUUUAGCUAAGUUCCUGGGAGGGGCGGCCGAACCUAUAGGCCUUGAUUUAAACAAUCCUAAUCUUAUAUUAAAUGGUAAGCCUCCUUCUACAAAAUUAUUGAUAGAAUUAUUAGAUAAAAAGGUAUAA